UUUCACAAUUGAACGAGACAUUUUCUAGUUCGCUGCUACUCCUGAAGAUCUACGGUUUCAAGCUCUUUAUACGGAAUUGAAGAUGAAGCUCCUACCCCUACUUCUACUGCUUACUACAGUAUCUGCUGGAAAUAAGCCAAUUUGGCCCACUGACUUUAGGUGGAGUUCUGCGGGAGGUUUGGUCGGAUACGAAUGCAUCAUAAUCCUGGAAACAGCAGAUCCGCACACCUGGAACGACAACUAUCUGUGCUGGAAGAGUGGAAAGGAUAGCCCAGGACUGCGAUGGCGGAGUUGGGGUCCCAUCUCCGGGAUGAGGUGCACCCAUAUCCACGAGGCUGCAGAUCCUCACACCUGGAUGGAUAACUACCUGUGUGAACCUUACAACUCCCCCUACAAGUUUACCUGGUCAUCUGCUGGUGCUUUACCUGGUAAGAGCUGUAUCCAGUGGCUGGAGACUGCUGAUCCUCAUACUUGGGCUGAUAACUUCCUCUGCGCCGACUCACAGAUCUCGCAAAGUGAAGCUCGCUUCCCUGAAGACUUCUGGUUCAACUCAGCUAGAGUCCCAAACGGCUACAACUGCAUCCAGAUCCACGAAUCUGCUGACCCGCACACCUGGAACGACAACUUCUUCUGCUGGAGACAGACCGUCAAGGAUCCCGGUCUGAGAUGGCGGAGUUGGGGUCCUAUCCCCGGGAUGAGGUGCACCCAAAUCCACGAAUCUGCAGACCCCCACACCUGGAUGGAUAACUACCUGUGUGUCCCGCACAGCUCUAAACUUCGCUUCCACUGGAGCUCAGCAGGUGGUAUUAGAGGGAGGAGGUGUUUACAGUGGCUGGAGACUGCUGAUCCCCAUACAUGGUCCGACAACUUCCUCUGUGUUUAGGGUUAUUGGACAGUCUCCAUAUGGCCUCCGUAUCCAUAUUUUUACAAACGUUUAUAUACGAGACCGUUUGGAGGCAGAGUUUUAUUGAAGACAUAAUUUAGACAUAAUUUAUUUCAGAAUUUAAAAUAAAUUUUUGACUUUUUUACAGAAAACCAUUUAAAAGGGUUUGUUAUUUUUAAUUGGGUUUGUAAUCUUUAAUUUGUUCAUCAAUCAAUAUUAGUUCCAA